GGAGCUGGCGCAGCGUGUCGCGGAGCGUUCAUUGCGUCACAUACGUCUGCCGAAGUCGAUAGCGGAGGUGGUUGCACACGGCGGCUGUGCGCAACGUGUACGUGUACACGAUGUGAUAAAAACGGCAACUUAUCGCGUUGUCGACGCGGUAGAGGGGUAGAGGCUGCGGCGAUCUAGUUCCACCCACGCGCACGCGUAGAACUCGAUCGGGCCGGAGAUCCCGAUCUACCCCAAAUUUGAGCCGCUGAAUUAUGUCGGACCACCCGUUCGCUGUGGAGCUCUGUAAACGUGUUGAGCGCUAUCCGGAAUUAUACGAUAUAUCUCACGAAGGAUUUCACAACGAGAAUGCGCAGCGGCUCGCAUGGAAGGCGAUCGCCAGCGAGCUUGGAGCGCAACCGUCCAAGUGCAAAACGAAAUGGAAGGCCAUAAAACACCAGUUUGUCAAGGCAAGGAAAGACUGUACUACAGCGUGGGAAUUGCGGUCUUCACUGAAGUUUCUGGAUGAAGCAGCAAACAGAAAUUCUCCAGGCAAGAGCCCAAGAAAAAGGGAAAGGAAAGAUGCGACCAAGUCUGCUGGAUCAGAUGGGCAAGUGUGCUUUUUCAACAGCAGCUGCUUUGAGCACCCUCUGAAAGAAGGCACAGUACUAGUAUCUAUACAGUAGUACUAUCUUGACUAA